GAUCAGUCAGUAAAAGUCAAAUUAUUGCUACUUAUGCUUUUCAACAAAAAAAAUCUGUGAACUGCACCGAGGCUAGCGAAAUGAAUUUGAUAAAGUUGAUUUUAUGUGCUUGUUGUGUUCUUUUUACGGGAAAUUUUGAAGUGGAUAGUUAUGACUUGGUUGAAUUGAAUAAAGUUGGUGAAAAUCGUGGUAACUCAUGUGAUCAAAAAGAGCCCCUUCGCCGACUAAGGCGAGAUGUGGCUCCACCAUCUGAGGGACAGACAAGCUUAGUGUUCAUUUUCGACGAUACUGGAUCUAUGCAUGACGAUUUGAAGGAACUCCGAAAAGGUGCUAAGAAAAUUACCCAGGAAUUCGCGAAUCGCGAGAACAACCCAAUAUAUGAUUACAUUCUAGUGCGUUUCAACGAUCCAAUUGUCCGACCCACCAUUAAAGUCAAUAAGGCAAGCAAAAUGUUAGAAGCAUUGGAUAAAAUCACGAUAGAAGGCGGUGGAGACUGCCCCGAAUUGGCGAUGCAGGGUAUCAUUAACGGUAUGAAUGAAGCCUUGCCAAAAUCCCAUGUUUUUGUAUUUUCGGACGCCUCUGCCAAAGAUCAUGCUCUGCUCAAUAAUGCAACCAAAAUUGCACAGGAUAAGCAGAUAACGGUUACUUUGUUGAUCACAGGACAUCACUGCCACCCCUUAAAGGAUUACGACGCUUACACUGAAUUAGCAAGACGAACGCAUGGUCAAGUGUACAAUAUGGCGAAAAAAGAUGUAGAGGAUGUAGUAGGGAGCAUUGUUGAAGUUCUAGACACUGGCCUAGUACCGAUUGAAUCAGUUUACUCGGAAACAGGAGGAACACACGAUUUUGAUAUACAUGUAGACUCAUCGAUGAAAAAAAUUUCUGCGACUGUAUCGGGAGAGCACCCCAAAAUUGACGUUUAUGAUCCACAUAAAGAACUGAGCAAAGACGUGAAAAAAGUGUUGGAUUUGGAAAAAGUUAAGAUGGUCAAAGUGGACGAUCCAGAGGUUGGAAAAUGGGGUGUUAAAACCUCAUCUACUUCACCCCACUCGAUAAAAAUUUCAGGAACCAGUGACAUUCUUGUCCGCUACGGGUUUUCGUUUAUUGUUCCUGAAGAGUUUUCCGAUACAGCCCCCAGUCCUAUAAAAGAUAUCACAAAUUAUCUAUCCGUAUUUGUAUGGAAGAAUAAAAGAAACCACACAUUCACCCACGCUGAACUCGUAAUUGUCACUCCGAAAAUGGAAAAAUCCCAUUCGAAUCAUACCCUGCGAAUUUUGGAUCCUUCCAAUUGUGAUCCAGAUCUGUGUAUACAUGUGACUACUCCCUUUGUACCGCCGUUGGAUACUUUCAAAAUUUACGUUAGAGGCUUAGACUCAGAUGGGAAUGCGGUAAAAUAUUUGGUAUCAACAAAUAUCAACGCAGUGGAGGGAGAUGAACUGAAACCAAAAGUUAAAAUAACAGAAAAAGAGGUGAAAGUGAAAGAAGGCGACAAUGUACAGUUGAUUUGUAAGGUGUCAUCUUUGAAAAGAGCUGAAAUAAGUUGGGUAUUCGAAGAUGAAGUAGUGAAAGAUAGUUCAAGGAGGCGCGUAAAUUUCAAGAGAAAUGAUACCGCACAUUUGGACUUCUAUGGUGUAACAUUAGACGAUAUGGGAAGCUAUUUUUGUCGUGCUAAAAAUCCAUAUGGUCAGCAUCAUGAAAAAGUAUCACUCCUCGUCGAUCCAAUACCCUGGGAAAUCGAUAUGGUCCAGAAGAAUAUGCAAGCUAUAGAAAACGAAGCAGAUUUCGAAAUUAAAUGUACGAUCACUCCUGAAGGACGGGUAAUGCCAGUGCAGUGGCUAUUCAAUGGAGCACCUCUAUCAGACUCUGUUAAUUUCACGGUUACAGGACGAACUCUAAAGUUCUAUACAGUGAAUCGAAAACACGAUGGAACUUACACUUGCAUCGGAACUCAUAAUGAGAUCUCUCAGAACUCAACAGGAUAUUUGAAAGUUCUUUAUCAACCAGAAAUAUUAGGACCGUUAUUAGAAGAGCAUGUUGUGAAAUUCGACGACAGGAUUGUGUUGAAUUGCACAGCCGAUGGGAAUCCUAAGCCGACUAUAAAGUGGACACAGGAAAGUGGAGAGAUCUCAAAUAGUAUCAUUGAGAGAUUUACACCAAGUCAUUAUGGAUCCCAUAUAUGCGAAGCUUCAAAUGGGGUUGGUAAACCAGCGAAGAAGUAUGUGGUUCUAAAAACUAAGUAUGGCCUAAAACCGAAAGUUCGAAUGGAUAGGGUUGAGGUGUCUGUAAGUGAAGACGAAGGUGUUGAACUCACUUGUGAAGUAGUUUCAGCAAAGCCAGUUAAGGUUAGUUGGAAAUUCAACGACGAACUAGUAACCCCUAAAGAUGAGAGCCUACAGAUAACAAGCGUUGGAGACAUGCACUUUUUGAAGAUCCCUAGAGCAGAACUGGAACAUGCUGGCGAUUACACUUGUGCAGCAGAAAAUUUUAACGGUACAGAUGACGGGAAGGUUCUUCUUCGAGUGAGAGAAUUACCGCUUGAUAUUAGAAUGGCAGAACCUAAUAUGGAAGUGUUGGAAGACACAAAAUACGAAAUUGAAUGCAUUGUUUCCCCUGCUAAGCGUAAACUUAACUUAAAAUGGUUGUUCGGCGACAGAGUAUUGCACAAUUCAGAUGAAUUCCAGAUGGUAGGGCACAGCCUUCUCUUAAAACGGGUUAAUAGACGUAAUGCUGGUAACUACACAUGUACGGGUGAAUUUUAUGGAAAGACGAAAAGCUCAACUGGAUACUUGAAUGUUUCGUUCAAACCUGAGAUUAUUGGACCAGUCAAAGAAAAACAUAUCGUCGAAUUCGGAGCAAAGAUCAAUUUGAAUUGCACUGCGAUUGGCAAUCCGGAACCGGAAAUUACUUGGUUUCGAGAAGAUGGAUCAGAAGCUAACGGAACUAUUGAAAAAUUCAGUCCUAGUGAUUACGGGAAUCAUAUUUGCGAAGCCUUCAACGGGGUUGGUAUCCCUGCCCUAAAGGUUGUUUUUGUUGAUAGCAAAGCUGCAAAGAAACCUGAAUUAAUCCAUUCCGACUACUAUCAUGAAGUCAGAACUGGGCAAAACCUUACUCUAAAAUGCGGAUGUGAACAAUGUGGUCCAAUUCUUUAUAAAUCGUGGUCGCGUGUAGCAACAGAUAAUCAAACCGAAAUAACAGGUGUCGAGGGGGUUUUGGAAGAGGAUACCAAAAACUACAAUUUUGACCUGAAAUUAGUGAAUACGAAGUCUUCAGACACUAGCAGAUACAUGUGCACAAUUGCAAACGAAUAUGGUAUCGUCCGCGAGACGAUGCGGGUAGAAGUUCUCGAGGAACCAACUAUAAUCGAAAUACUUCCGCAUGGUGCAGAAAGCGUUACUAACGGCUUAGUGAAAGUGAAGCGGGGAAAGGAAGUUAUGCUAACUUGCAUGGUACUGGGCAGUCCGACACCGGUAGUGCGUUGGUACAAGAAUGGAAGGAAAAUACCACCUGCCUCUAAUUUCAUGGAAAAUACAAUCAAAUUCGAACCGGCAAUUGAAUACGAUAUUGGGAAAUACACCUGCAUGGCCACCAAUAAACUAGGCUCCGCUUCCAAAGACGUGUCACUCCAUGUAAUACAUUCUAAUCUGCCGAUGAAGACAAUAAUGAUAACCGAGGAAGGACAAACUAUCAGCUUGACCUGCGAAAGUCAGAACUUAGUUUUUAACGAUCAGCCUUUAGACGUAGCCGACCGUCGUUUCCACUUGAUCGAGAAUAAUGUGGUUUUCGUUGCCGCAUAUCAGGACAGUGGGAUUUAUAAAUGCAUAACAUACAAUGAAGGUAUAGAGACGGAAAUCGAAACUGUUCUAAUAGUCCAAGCUGCUCCUCUGAUAUUCCCAAGUGAAGACGACAACGUUCGUAUCCGCAGGAACGGAGAAGCAGUACUAAAAUGUGGUACUCGCGGAAAUCCUCUGCCAAAAUUAUAUUGGACCGUGAACCGUCAAAGGGUAAAGAAUUCAGACAAUUUCGAAGUCUUGAAGGGUGGUGACUUAUUGAUCAAGAAUGCGCAAGAGAAAAACAGCGGGUAUUACAUCUGCCAUGCCUCCAACAAAGUGGGACAUGCUGAACGAGGAGUUAAUGUGACCGUAACAGAACCUCCGAAAAUUAUUUCCAAGUUCGACACAAAUAUUCACGUGAAGGCAGGAGAUAGAGAUUCACCGAUAACCUGUAUUGCAAGUGGGAAACCCAAGCCGAUGGUCACUUGGUAUAAAGAUGGCAGAGUUCACAUAGCAGGUCGCAUCGGAGAGAAUUAUCUGAAUGUGGGAUCAUAUAUGAUCUCUGGUAACUAUACCUGCGUGGCGAAAAACGUUGAAGGAGAGGAUGCCAGCUCAAUUCAAAUAACGUCUCAGGGACCGCCCCUUCUCAGCCCCGGAAGUCAUCUGACCAAGCACCAUUUUGAAGAAUACUCAGAUAUUAGCCUGCUUUGCCCAUACUCCUAUGCAACUGAUGUGACUUGGAUUAAGGACGGUGUUGAAUUUAGUGGAAGUCCAUCCGGAGACGUUGAACUUUAUAAUAAGGUAUUUGCUAGACCGGAGGAUAGUGGCACUUACACUUGCGUAGCUUGGAAUAGAUUUGGUGACAGAAAUUUCACGCAAAAAGUCACAGUUUUCCCAACAUUUGAUCCUUACGUGAAUGGUGACUCAUAUAAUGAUAUAAAACGGGGUUUGGUCGGACACGAUUUGACAUUAGAUUGUCCUUCUGCAGGGGAUUAUGCUCCACGGACUAAAUGGAUACACAAUGGACGAAUUAUUUCAAUGCGAAAUCAGCUUACUCUGGCAAACUUAAAAUUUAAUGACACUGGCAAGUACGAGUGUAAGGACGUCGAGGAGUACGGCUUAGUAAAUCGAAUAUUCUUUGUACUUGUCUCAGGUCCACCAGAAAGUCAAAUGCCUGCAACUAACUGGCUGGCCGUAAAAGAGGGUGAACUGGUUGAACUAGAAUGCUUAGUCUAUGGUGAACCGAUCCCAAAGAUAACGUGGCAGCGAAACAACAAGACCAUCGACGAAAAUGACACGAUUUUAGUAUCGAAUGCCAGCACAGAAAUGGCGGGCGAGUACAAAUGCUCUGCCUCAAAUGAGUAUGGAACAGUUGAGAUUUUGCACCAUGUUGAAAUUCUACGUAAGCCCAAAGUGAAAGUGCUAAAUAACAACCUAAAGAUCCGCGCAACGGAUGACAUAUCGCUGAAUUGCGUUGCAGAAGGGAAUCCACUUCCAACUGUCAUCUGGACUUUGAAUGGUAUUAAGUUAUUGGGGUCAGAUGUCAAAUUAAAAAUUCCCAGGUCAGGAUAUCAGUCCAUUGCACUGGAUGGAAAAAAUGUUAUCCCAACCCCCGCCAACGCAAACUUUAUUAGAGGGAAACUAACGUACAGCAAGGCGAAGGCAAUAUUAACCAUUCAACUAAAGGACAAACGGAAGGAAGCAGGAACUUUUAUUUGUCAUGCCAUAAAUGCACUUGGAUCUGAGCAAAGUGAAGCCACGGUUGACAUCAUUGAACCUCCACUGCUAUUGAAGGACGAAUUAGCCUCCGAAAUUACAAUUUUAGCCGGUCUACCGCUCUUUCUACCAUGUCCGUGGAAGGGAGACCCACAAACAGCAGUAAAAUGGCAGAAGAAUUCGGCUCCUUUUUAUAAAGGAGUAUCUCACGAUCAGGGAAUAUUAUCGAUAGGAGUGACAACGGUAGCAGAUAGUGGACGCUAUUCGUGUUCAGCUACAAAUAUUGGUGGAGAAGCUACGAAAACAUUCGUGGUUAAAGUUCACGGUCCACCUUUCUAUGAAAUCAACCCAGCUAAUUACGAUAUUAUUUUGAAAUGUCCUCCCAUUGCGGAUGAAGCCGGUCAUAUAAUUUGGGAGGAAAUGCUUCUUGAAGAUGAAGCAAACGAAACCAAUGUUCUCUCCGAAAAUUCAGAGGAUUUGAUUAUCAGCCAUGAUCUUCCCGCCUCUAUUUACACCUGUUACCACGAAAACUCAGCUCCUGGAGAGAACCCUAAAAAGCUUGAAGUACAACUCCUCCAAACACUCCCUGUAGAAUAUUAUGAGACGAAAAGAGUUGUCAAUGUUGGAGAUACGAUAAGCAUGUAUUGUCCUUUGGUAUUAGAAAACCCAAAAACGCGGGUUUACUGGUUCAAGAGUGGCCUUCGCAUUAUGAAAGUUGCAGGACAAUUCUUCUCGAAAAACGGAGCGGUGCUUAAUAUUCGCAGUGUAAGCAGAGAAAGUGAAGGCACCUAUAAGUGUCGAACUGGACCAGGGAAAAUGGAGCGAGGUGUUGUUCUACGAACAAAAAGAGGUACACCUGGUUGGUCCAACUGGAGCACCUGGACACCUUGCACUAGAAGUUGCGGAAAAGGAAUGAAAACUAGAACAAGAAAAUGUUUCGCUCCCAAUGGAGAAUAUGUGGAAAGCGAUGGUAGGUUCUGCGCAGGGGAGUCGAUUGAAAUGGAAGCUUGCAAUGAUUUUACGUGUCCGGUAAGUGGUGGUUGGGGUGACUGGUCGGACUGGUCGUAUUGUCCAGCAAAAUGCUGGGAUUCCACGUUGGAACCGAAGCCGAUGAGGCAGAAAACCAGGACUUGCAAUUCACCCCCGCCAUCAAUGGGCGGACAAUUAUGUUUAGGUGCAGUAAAAGAAGAAACGGAGUGCAGUAUUGAACCGUGUCGUAUCGAUGGAGGAUGGUCAUCCUGGAGUAGCUGGAGUGCUUGCUCGGUAUCUUGCGGCGUAGGAAUCAGGACACGUGAACGAACGUGUAAUAAUCCACCUCCCCAAUUUGGAGGGAAAAGAUGCAUGGGUACUUCUACUGAACGGGAACCAUGUAGACAUGAAGAUUGUCCAAUUUCCCCAGGAAUAUCACACAUCACUGAGGGAACUCCAGUUGAUGGGGGAUGGUCAGCAUGGUCGGAAUGGGGUAGUUGUAGCGUAUCCUGUGGCAAUGGAUGGAAAGUUCGUCAACGAUCUUGUACGAAUCCCUCACCAAGAGAUGGCGGUAGACCUUGUUUCGGUCGAAAAAUGGAAACAGAGGUUUGUGCAGAACGUGCCUGUUCAGAUGGGAUUGGUUUUGAUACGAGAAUGUCACUAUAAAUUUAUAACAAUUUAUAAUAUGUUAUAUGUGUAUGUUAGCUUAAGCCAGAUACAUAGACAAAAAUAAAAUAAUCAUGUUAAU